AUUCGCUUUAUAAAGAUAAAAGUUGAGCGAGAGAGCGGCGUUCGUGCGGUUAGCAUUGAAUAGAAGUUUAUCAAUGAAGCGAUGUACGCGUGAAUGACAGCGAAACGGAGCAAGGCGCGUCGCGCGCGUUCCACCUGCCGUGUCGGACGGUCGGCACGCCAAUGAGGUACGCGCAACUUCGUACGCGACUCGACUCGUCGCGAUUGGCUGGUGUUGUGCGCACGUUGGUGUGCUCACGACGACUCGUGACGUCAGAGCAUCGUCGGCCAAUGCCGUCUCGCGGAAUCGCAGGGUCGCCGUGCGCGCUGGCGCGUGCGGGACGCGAGAGAAAGAGAGACGGAGAGAGAAAGAGAGAAAGAGAGAGAGAGAGAGAGAAUGAGCGUGUGCGUGUGUGCGUACUCGGUGGACUCGAGGAGCCACGCGGAAACGCGAGGACGACGGAACCAGCCACUAGCCAGCAUCUCGGUCGCGCGACGAGCGACGACGCGUCGCGAAACUGCACCGAACGGCAUCGGCAGCGCGUUAUAUCAGUCGAGAUUCACGUUCGAGAACAUUUCGUCGCGCGUGCUACGCGUACUUGGUGGAAUCGGCGGCGGGUGGGCAGGGAGGAAGGGAAGGAAUCGUGGACAAGAGCGAGAGGUGGUGGCGCGGUGAAGGAGGAAGGAGAAGUGGAGGAGAAGGCAAAUGCGUCUGGCCGCGGCGCGACACACACACACGCACACACACGCGCGCGCGACGGCGACGGGUGCGACGAAGAUCGCGGGGGUGAGGGAGAGUAGAUAUAGCGUGGAGUACACUACCGCGCCGCACCUGACAGUCCACGCGGCCCGGCCCCCGAAAAACAAUCUCGCCACGCUAUAUACACGCGAGGACCGCGCCGUGUUUCACUCGGAACGCGAGCGCCAUUGGCAAUGUCGGGAAGUGACAGCCCAACAUUCUUUCACGGCCAGCCCUGGUCCAGCUGGAUCGAAAGAAUCGGACGGGACAAGCCGCUGAGUGAUGAAGAAACAGAAGUACAACAUUCAAGCUCAGUCACACGACUUUCUUCAGAUGAUAUUGAUUUGUAUGGCUUUUGUCCAGAAAGGGAUGAUUUCUAUGGAGUAGUGUGCGAAAUAUGCGAUGCCAUAGUGAAACCACAAGCUCUUAUUCAACAUAUGGAGUGUCGCCAUCCUUCCGGCAUGGCAAAUUUUCCACCACCCGCGACCCCGAUCGCAAAACCGUCCGUAAAAACUCCUUUCUGCAAAGUUUCCAAACUGAAGAGGAAUACCCAACCGCCAACUCCUUCUUCAGUAACUUCUUCGAUUCCCAUUGUUGGCGGUGCCAAGCUGAAUCACACGACCGUUAAGCGUACUGCGGAUCAGACGAACUUGUCUGUAGGUGGCUCGUUGCCGAUCUCCUCGUCACCUCGAUCUCCUCUCGAGUCGAUCACGGUGCAAACUACCUCUCCUAACGUGGCCGGUUCUUCGAAUAUCAUCCAUACGUCGACGAACAGUGGAGGCAGUCCGAGCAAAAGCCCUGGUCCCAGUAGCAGUAGCAGUAGCAGCAACCAACCUCGUCGGAAGAGGCUCAAAACGGAUCGCUCGUUGCUCAAAGAUCGCGAGUACGAUCCCGACCGGCACUGUGGCGUAUGGAACGAGGAGACCGGCAAGCCCUGCACCAGGUCGCUCACAUGCAAAGCGCACACUGUUUCGCUGCGCCGAACGGUCGGCGGUCGCAGCAAGACCUUCGACAAGCUCCUCGCGGAACAUCGUGCCGCGAAGGAGCAGCCGAAUAGCGGCGGUAGCCGGCAGACGACGAAGGUGACGGUGUGUGGUACCGUCACGGUGUCUUCAGCCGUUACCGCCGCUGCCGCCGUAUCCAACCUAAAUAAUCCCCUUGCCUCCAGUACUCCAGUAUCCAUUGCCGACUCGGAAACGCCGAGCUCACCGCCCGUACUAUCGCUACCGGACACGUAUCCACUGCCAAAGACCAAACUCGAGGAGGACUUUGUCAAUUCGGAGGAGUUGCGAAAUCUGGAGUCCACACUGGUGGCUAAUUCUACGGUCGCUGGCAGCAGCAAUAGUAACAGCAGCAGCGGCUCAUCGCAACAACAAUCAAGUUCAAUGAUGGCACCAAUAUCCGUGAUGCUACCGUCACUGUCCCCAUUACCAAUAGCGGGUGCCAAUAGCGAGGAAUCGUCGGGAGUAGCCACUUUGAUACCAAGCACUACCACGACACCCACGAUGCCAGUCGUACCGGCACCACUGCCAGCCACUUGCGUACAACCACCUACGGUGGUUGCCACCGCGCUCGAAGGCGAGACUCCGAUAGAUAUCGAUGCUGAGACCAUGUCCAUGUACUCGCCCGUUUACACCACCAAAGAUACCAAGUCUCAGCUAGUGAUGCAAAUACAGUCGCGGCCAAAUAGUCAUUCGUCACAGUCACCUAUCUCGGUCAGAAGCUAUCAGCAGAUGCAAGCUUCUAUGCCGAGCCUGAACCUGUUCGAACCAGUGGAGCAGCUGGAGCAACAGCAUGCCAGUCAAAUCAACGGCAAGAGACUGAACCAUGCGACCUCGGCGUCGCGACAGCAGAAAAGGCACAAGUCGCAACAAGAGCAACUCUUGUGCCAAUCGUCGCAGGACAGUUUUCCGACGUCUGCGUCGAUUCAAGUUGAAGCGACAACCACGUCGUCGCCGUAUCCUCACUUCGGCGACAUCUCCUGGUCGAAUUGCCAUCCGGAGCCGUUGGCGGUUAGCCGAUGGCUCCGCAUUUCGUCCAGCCGUAAACAAUACAACUUUAAUAUUCACUGACACAAGACCCCACCCACUCCGGGCUGAGGACUGUGUGCCGCGGGCGUCGUUUGUCUACCUCCUUAUCUUCAUGAGAUCCCCUUUUUCUUCAUCGUCGCCCACGUAAUCUUCCUAGUCAUCGCCAUCACAGUCGAUGUUUCAUCCACAGCCCGUCGAGGGGGGAAGGCUCUUGUUUCCGCCAUCAUCACCAUGUGAUUACUUCGCGCAAAAGAGAGAGAGAGAGAGAGAGAGAGAUCAAUCGCGAAUAUAUCACAAAUUGAAUCCUAGACGAUUCUCAGCCCGUCAAGCGCCUUCAACGCGCGAGCUUUCGUAACAUCGUGCAGUACGAAGCUUUCAGACACGCAUCACGAGAAUACUGAUUGCCGUGGAACAUCGAGGAAGAAUUCUCAAUCGACGGCCAUGAUGAUCGUGUACUUGGACGUGUACCUGAAUUUGUGGAACUUUUUAAAAAGAAGCAACGGGUUGACGUCCCACUUACGUUUAUUCGCUGGAUUCAUAAUAUAGAAUAAAGAUACGACAAGAUCAAGAUAAAGAGAUACGAGAUUGAUUGAGAACACGUCUCGAUAACAGCGAGUGAAUGAAUGAAUGCAUUACAACAUUGCGAUAUCAUAAAAUUUCUGCAUAUAAUCCUCACGGUGUACCAUUAAGUGACUUAUUAUACAGUUCGUGAUGCUGCAAAACAUUCCUUCAGUCCUGUUUUCUUAACAACGCGUGUCACGUUUCUCUCUUAGUGACUACGGAGACGAAUUUUUUAUUAGGUGAUUUCGAAGUGCUUUUCAAGGUAAGAAUUUACGCUUUGCAUCAGGAAUAUUUCUGUUAUAAAUCAAACUACGUUGCGAUUUAAUUGUAAAAUCUUUCAUUAGAUCUUUUUGCUAAAAGCGUAACGAUGAUGCAUGUUUAAAACAUCUCAAUGUGUGAUUUCAUAAUCAUAGUCGAAAUUGAAAUUGUUUAAUCGCGAUGUUAUGAAGUAUAUUUAAUAUAAAAGUUUAAUCGAAAAUGCUAGGCUUUUUAAAAAUUUUAAAUGUUUUUUUGUAUACAAAAUAUCAUGGUUAAUGAAGUAUCCUUUAUAAUUUUUACAAUUGAAAUUUAAUUUGUACGUAUUGCUUCCUUAUAAAUUAAUACCAAGUUCUAAGAGCUUUAAUUAAAAAAUUAAUAAUUGCACAUAGAAUUUUACUAAACGCUGAAGUUAUACACAAUUAUUUUGACAGUACAGAAUAUGCAUUUUUUAUUGAAUUGUGCAUAAAUUUUGUAAAUAGAUCGCAGAUUAUAUCUGUUCCAUAUUGUACAUAAAGAGGCAUUUAGUAUCCUCUAUAAACACAUAGUCUUUACACAGGAAAAAAACCUCAUUUCUCCAUGAUAUUAAGAUUGUACGUACAAUUAUACAAUCUCGAUUGUACAUAUAUUGUACAUACAUAUAUAUACAUAUACAUAUAUUUUUUUUAUCAAUCACGAUCUCUUAUCCCUUUUGCAUAUAUGUACACUUUGAAAAUACAAAGCGCCAUUAUUUAAUGUUAUAUCCGCUUUUUUUUUACGUUUUUGCCAUAAGGAUGUAAUAGAAAUUACAGUUUCGAGUGAUUUAUUUUUCAACUUGGUUUCAUUCUAUAUUUAUAUUGAAUUUCACGGCGAGACGAAACCAGUUUAUAUAAUGUAAAUACAAUAUAUAACAGGGAUAAAUCGAAUAUAAUCUCUUUCGAGUGAAUUGCGUUUCGAUAUAUAAAUUGAAGAGGCCAGUGUAUAAAAAUUUAAAUUUAAUAUUUCUAUCGGCCUUGAAUCGACAACGUACACGAUAGACGUCAAAAAUAAUAAUUUAUUUUUAAAUGCAACUCUUUCGACAUAAUAAAUUUACUUCAUCUAUUGGCCCUUUCAAUAAUAGCAAAUUUGUAUUCAUCUCUUACCAGUAAAAGUCCGCGUAAAUCUACGCGAAAACGACUGUAUGGCACGAUCGAUUAUUAUAUUAAGCGCUGAUAAAGUACUAGGUUCUUAUUCUUCCUUAUUCCUAUAGGACUAUGAAACGAACAAAAUUUUAUAUACAUGUAUAUAUAUUUGUAUGAUUAAGCACUAGAGUGUAGCUGUGUUACUGUUUAAUUACUAUGUAAUUAUUGAUUUAUGACGCGUACUCGUAACGUUUGGUAUAAACGUAGUAAUGUAUAUUAUAUAGAUAAAAUUUUCAAAAAUUUCUUUUCUACGACUCAGGCCUGCUUUAUUUUUAGCGCUUCGUUUACAUAACGAUUGAUCGAUCGCUCCGAAUAAAUCGUAAGCGUACUACUACGUAGGUUUGUAUGCGGACCCAAACAGACAGACAGAUUAGUGAGCUACACGACCCCGCUGUAUUCACCCAAGACGAUUAUUUAUUUUUGUACGUACUCGUUGAUUUGCAUCUCUGCGCACUGCAAUUUUCCGACGGGUGAAGAACGCGCGGGUAGCUAGCGAUGCGGCAAGACGCAUAUACGCGGACUUCUUAUCAUAGAUUGUGAUAUUUAACUAUUAAUGAUCAAUAGGAUAAUUGUAGAUGUGUCUAUGUGUUCGGCGGCAAGAGCGUAGCACGUUCUAUUCUUUUCCUGAUAACAAACGGCGCAUCUUGCGCAAUCUCCCAUCGAUUUCGCCUUGUCAGGAGAAAAAUAUUACUAAUUCUGCGGAGACAAUCUGCGUUGUUCCGCUUAGUUGUUGCUCGCGUUAAUAAACGAAUUUCUUUAUUGGUGAACGUAGUAAAAAAUUGAAAGAUGAUAAAAUUAGGCCAAUUUGCGAUAAUUAUUUGAAAAACGGCGAAAGGUAGAGGAAUAUGGAAUAUAUAUAUAUAUGUGUGUGUGAGGGUGUGCGUGUGCGUGUGCGUGUGUAUGUAUUAUGUAUGUCGAAUGUAAACGGGCGCUGAAUAUCGUUACCGCGCAGUAUAAAACGAUGCUUCACAUCGUCGCCACUGAUCCUCUUGGCUACCUGAAAUCGUGAUAACUUGUACAUAAAUCGUGUAAGCAGAUAAUUACCCACGUACCUACGGAUAUCAAUUAAUCGCAUAGUUGCAUAAGAACAUUACACACGAUGUAUAUGCAUCUGUGCGAAUAUUGCAGCGGGGAAAGAAGGAAUCCGCUGAAACUCGCAAGCAAGUAACUUGAAACUCUAAUUGCUUCAGGGGCGUCUCACCUACGUAAUUUCGCGCAUUUAAUGUUAGAUAUGAUCCGCCUAAUCACAGAAACGACAAAAAUUGCGCGGCGACAUUCAGUACUGAAUGCGAUUCUUUAAUCCUGAGCUCCGACUGAUCGCUCGAUAUCGACAUGAGACGAGAAACGGCAGCUACGGUAGUUAGCCGAAUGCGAAAUAACAUGAAUCAACGAAAUAUCGCGAAAUGCUACGUCCAUACGCGAAACGAUACGGUUUCCUGUUUUCCUGUAAGCCACCUGUAUGUACCACAGUUAGUGUUCAUUGCUCGGCGCGGAACGAUCGUAUUGACGGAUUGCGAGCGAUCUCGAGAAACGAUGCGACUCCGAUAACGAAUGGCGUUAAAGAACUUGCUCUUUUGUAUAACAGUGGUUCAACGAUUGGAGGAGCCACGGAUUUUCCACAUUAUUGUUCAAGCUCCCAUAGAGCAAUAAUAUACGAUCCACGAUCGAUUUAGCAGCAAUAAUAAUAAUUUCAAUAACUGUAAGACGUGUCAUUAAAAAAGCGUACUCGUUUCCAAAAGCUCUUAUGCUCUUGCGAUCAUCGAUUAAGUAUAGAAAAUAUAUCGGUGCUGCAUCUCUUUAAACUAUGUAACAAAAAGAAAAUUGAAAGAGAUUCAUAGAAAUUUAUUUUACAAAAUUCAAAUCAACAAUUAGUUUGGAUUUUAUUAAAAUAUUGAACCUUUUUUCACAUAUAAUAUUUAUUUCAACGACUGUAAUCAGAGUUAAGAUAUGUUGAAAAUAUUUUCUAUAUAUAUUUACAUAUAUUAACAGUAGAUGUGAACAAAACAAUAAAAAUUUUUAUUUAAUUCUGAAUUCAAAAUAGAUUCCUAUGGAUUUCUUUUCAUUUACUUAUUUUUUUAUAAAGGCGAAAAAUAUUCGCGGGUGACCGAAACCGUUUCGUUACAUACCUAAGAAAAACUAGUUCUAAAAGAAGGAAAAUGAGAGCGACAAUUGUAUUUUUUCCCCCUUAUUUCGUUAACGCGCGCGGCACGAAACUACUAGUAUUUUAAUUAAUUCUAACGAAUCUGCGUGAAACUGUGGUGCGGUGGAUUGAUAAAAUUGAUGAAGACUGAAUAUAUUGUUGAGAGAUCGGAAAGACUCAUUUGGCGAAUUAAAUUGCCGGUGACUUAGCAAAUUUUUUUAGAUUUUUUUCUCAAAUAGUACAUAUAAUUCACUUAAUUUCCCAAGUAUCGGUAUUAUCAUAUAUAUACAUACAUACAUAUAUAUAUAUAUAUAUAUAUAUAUAUAUAUAUAUAUUGCUUUAUUAUUUGUUGAAACGUGUGCACGUUACCGAUGGAUAGUUGAUUUAUUUUUUUUAGCACUAUAAUUUCACGUGGAGGAACUAAAACAAAAGGAACACUCUAACUUCAGGUUUAAAGCAAAGCAAGAUAUUUUGUGGCAUUUAAUUUAAAUAUAUGUUUUAUAUUUAUUUGUAAAUAGAUUUUUUAUUUGUCCGUUUACCUUACAUCCACAUUCAUCUAUUUAUUUUUUUUUCUUUUCAUACGCAUGUGCUAGUAGGUAGAAAAGCUUUCGUGUAAGAAUAAAAAAUAUAUUGGAGGAGGCUCGUACAAAAUUUACAUACAUUAUACGUACUGUCGCUUAUUAUCACAUAUCAUUGUAAAUAUUAUAAUGCAAUAUUCCGAUUGUCUAUGUGUUGUAUUAUUCAUAAUUAUUCGAUAAUUAAUGCGACAUAUAUUAUUCCAUGAAUAUUCCAAAUUGUAUGUGAUUUUGUAAUUUUAUUAUCUAUUAUUGAUGUAUAAAAAUUUUAUUAACAUCGCUCAUUACAAAUUAAAAGUAUAAUAUUUGUAAUAUCAAAACACAUUACGUGCCAUUGAAAUAAUUUUUUCAUAAAAAUUCUAAUGAUAUAAUCAUGUUAUAAAUGAAUUUCUUCAUGGUGCUCUUUAAAGAAUUCAAAAAAUUACGCAUCUCAGUAGUAACAUUUAAUUUCUCAUCAUAAAUAGUCGCAUCUCAUUCUUUUUUUAAUCAAAGUCUGUAAUCUCAGAUUUAAUGUAAUUUUUAUUUUAAGUAUAAGUAAAAUUAUAAAAGUUAUAAACAGUGAAAAUCUUGAAUAAAAUUUCUAUUUAACAAAAGUUAAUUUAUUUAAUUUAAAAUUGAACUAAAAAUUUUUUUCAAGGCUGGAAAGCUGUUAUACUGGCAUACAUUAUUUUCGAGAUACUUUAGGUCGUUGCCUCCGACUGAAAUAUGCAAACUUUUAUUACUCCAUUUACUCAUCAUGGUCGAAGUUACGUAAAUGGAUGAAAAGAUUAUAGACCAAGAACACAUAAUAUUCUAAAGGAUCUUAAAAAUCGAAUGUUAAUCAACAAAAAUAUGCUAUAAAAUAUGUUUUAAUUAUUAGAUAAAUUAUAUAAAUCUCAUUAAUGUUUGCGUAAUGCGAUUGAUGUUGACGGAUCACAUGAUCAAGAUGGAAAGA